AUGCCCAUCGGGGUCUUCUUGCAGGAACCGAAAUAUGGCGGCUCCUGGGCUGAUGAAGUUGAGGACUCAUACGGUUCUCAGCCUUUGCCUUCCUCAACCGCUGAUCGACGAACUGGAGGAUAUUCUAGCUACGGAGGUCAAACUAAUGAUCGAGGCUUCUCUAUUCGUGAUCGUGAUUCCUACUCUCAGGGUCCCGCUCAGCUCCCAACCAAGCCUCCCUACACCGCUCAUCUGGGCAACUUGUCCUAUGAAGCGACCACUGAAUCCGUUACCGAUUUUUUCGAGGACUGUGAGAUUACUAGCGUCCGAAUUAUUGAGGAUCGUAUCGAGCAACGUCCGAAAGGCUUCGCGUAUGCAGAGUUUGCAAAUGUUGAAGGUCUGAAGAAGGCCCUAACCCUCGACGGAACUAGCUUCCAGGGCCGGAUGAUCAAGAUUAAGAUCGCUGAUCCCCCCAAGGAUAGAGACAACCGUGGCGGUGCCGGCGGCGAGUCGGCGCGUGAUCUCAGCAGCUGGGAACGAAAGGGCCCCUUGGCAGAUCUCCCAGGUCGUAGUAACGAUCGACGUCCUGCCGAGUUUGGCGAACGACGAGGACCUAACUUCCGUGACCGUGAGCGUGAUGCACCUGUUGACGACGGCAAAGUCCGUGAUUUUGGCAACUGGGAGCGCAAGGGCCCAUUGUCACCACUACCUCAGGCUGAACGAACUGGAGGAGGCUCUUCAGGGUCACGAGACAACAGCCGUCCGCGAUCCAAUGAUACCAACCGAGGCGAUGGCUUUCGAAAGGAUCGCAGAGCAUCACCUGCUACCUGGGGCGAAGGCCGUCAAGAGGGCUCCCGGCCCCCUAGAGAAUUCAAAGAUAAGCCCGAACGCGCGGAACGCGUUCCUACUGCGGCAGAACGUGACAACCAGUGGCGCAGCAACAUGAGACCUGAUCGAACUGUCAAGUCACCCGAGCAAUCUCGUGAUGGAAGCGAGGCGCCCCCUUCCCCCGCCGCUGCCCCAGCCGCUCCUACAGGCCGCCCCCGGCUCAACCUUCAGAAACGUACUGUGUCCGAGGCUCCAGAUGUCGUAUCCCCUGGAUUACCCUCUGCAAGCGGCGAUUCGAAAGCGAGCCCAUUCGGCGCUGCUCGUCCUAUUGAUACGGCAGCAAAAGAACGUGCGGUCGCAGAGAAGCGUGAGCGAGCCUUAAAGGAAAAGAAAGAAGCAGAGGAAAAGGCCAAAGAAGAGCGACGCCUUGCUAAGGAAGCUGCGGCAAAGGAGGCUACAGAAAAGGCGGAGAAAGCUGCCGCUGAUGCAGAGAAGGCCACGGCAGACCUGAAGGCGUUGAAGGAGCAAAAAGCAGAGAAGGCUGCGGUCGAGGCCAAGGAAGAACUCAAGGAAGAGCCUAAGGAAGAGCCCAAGGAAGAGCCCAAGGAAGAGGCCUCUCAGAAUGGUGGUGCUUCAGAGCAGAAGGCGCCGAUCAAAGCUAAGGAGAACGCUCCGACCCCCAAAUCUAGGGCAAACGAGAGCGGCAACUGGCGAACGUCAUCAGAAAAAACGCAACAGGGUGGUCGCGGUGGAGGGUAUGUGAAUGCCGCGCGAGGCCGUGGCGAGGGUCGAGGACGUGGUGGUGCUCGUGGAGCACCUCGAGGCAACAAUGAAGGAAGACCUCCCCGAGCAAAUGGGAACGCUCCCGCCUCUACUCCACAGCAGCAGCCUGCGCAGGUUCAGUCUCCUACGCCUGAGACUGAGGCUGCUCCAACACAGGAUCCUGAUGGAUGGACGAUGGUAUCUAAGGGAAACACCAAAGGCGGCCGUCGUGCACGCGUCUAG